AUGGCGCCUGCUGCUGGAGCUAAGAAGCAAAAGAAGAAGUGGUCGAAGGGCAAGGUCAAGGACAAGGCGCAGCACGCCGUCCUGCUCGACAAGACCACGUCCGAGAAGCUCUACAAGGAUGUCCAGUCCUACCGUCUGGUCACCGUCGCCACGCUUGUCGACAGAAUGAAGGUCAACGGUUCUUUGGCUCGCAAGUGCAUUGCUGAACUUGAGGAGAAGGGCCUUAUCAAGCCCGUUGUCACGCAUAGCAAGAUGAAGAUCUACACCCGUGCCGUCGGUGGUUCCUAA